AUGCCGCUGCCGGUGUCGCUGCCGGUGUCGCUGCCGGUGCCGGUGCUGGGGCUGGUGCUGGUGCUGGGGGCCCGGGCGGGUGCCGGGGGUGGCUGCCAGCUCCCGGCCGAGUGGCGGCCGCUCAGCGAGGGCUGCCGGGCCGAGCUGGCCGCGAUCAUCGUGUACGCGCGGGUGCUGGCGCUGCACCCCGACCCCUACGGCGCCUACAACUACCUGCCCUGGCAGAGGGGCCCCCCCGGCGGCGCCCAGCACGGAGCGGGGGAUCUCUUCUACUCGGCCGAGAUCGAGCUGCUGUGCGACCAGGCGUGGGGCAGCAUGCUGGAGGUGCCCGCCGGCUCCCGCCUCAACCUCACCGGCCUCGGCUACUUCUCCUGCCACUCGCACACCGUCAUGCAGGGCUACGCUUACUUCUUCUUCCUGCGGAUGGAUGAGAACUACAUCCUGCUGCCACACGGAGUCAACUUCCAGGAGGCGAUUUUCCCCGACACCCAGGAGAACAGGAGAAUGUUUGCCAGCCUUUUCCAGUUUUCCAACUGCUCGCAGGCACAGCACGUGCUGAGCUUCUCCAGUGACUGGGAGAUUCAAGAGGACAACCGGCUGAUGUGCUCCUCGGUGCAGAAGGCCCUGUUUGAGGAGGAGGACAGGGUGAAGAAGCUGCAGCAGAAGGUGGCGGCGCUGGAGAAGCGCAACAAGCAGCUGCGGGACCGGGUGAAGAAAGUCAAGAGGUCUCUCCGGCAAGCCAGGAAAAACUCCAGGCACAUGGAGCUGGUGAACAGAAAGCUCAGUGAGAAACUUUCCUCUGCAGGUGGUCAAAUGCCCUAUAUUAACUCUUUGAAGCAGGAGAACUCCCACGGUACCUACCUGAAGGUAUAAUGCAGGGUAAGUGCUCAGGCCCGUGGGUUUUGUCUGCGUUAGAGCAGGGUUCUGGCCCUCACACCUUCUCUAUGCUGUGCUUCAAACCUUGCAUGGAAAAUGAAUCUGACCUUGCUUUAGACACAGUGCCAGAUUAAACAGGAAUGCCAGCUGGAUUUGGCACGGCCCACAGCUGUGUCCUGCUGUUCUCACUGCACACAGGGCCCGACAAUCAUCUGUGCUUCUCCUCCCUCACCCAGCUGCACCUCCAGCUUUAGGCUGUGCUUGAUGGAAGUGCCAGCCCAGACCUCUG